CCCUCUACGACCAUUUUCUUAUUUUACAUGAAUCCGAAUUACCGAAUUCCCUGUAAAUUUCAAGCCAUAUUUGUUCCAUAUCACAGCUUAAGCAGAGCCCCAGAUUACACCAACGUUCACUGAGUGACAUUCCUCCGUUUUAAACUUUCCAACCGCAUUCCCAAUGGAUCCUCAAGCUCCGGCGACGGCCACCACCGCUCGAAGCGCCGCCGCGGAACCCUCGCAAUCUCAACCCCCAAAACCAUCCCCUCCUCUCCCUCUCCCUCCACCUUCCACAUCAUCAACCCCUCCCAUCUCAGCUCCUCCACAGCCUCCCCCAAACACUAACCCUAGCCCUAACCCUAACCCCAGCCCUGCCCCUGGCCCGGGCCCAAUUCAAGCCCCGAGCCCCAAACCCCCCACUCCCACUCCCACUACCACUCCCACGCCUCCCCAGCCCUUCAACCGCGCUUUGUCGCCGCCAUCGCAACCGCAGUUCCCGCACUACUCCUCCCCUUCUCCGCCUUCCUCCGCUCCCGGCGCCGCCCCGCCGCCGCGGGGCGGCAUGGCGAUCGGUGUGCCCGCGCACCACCAGAGCCCCUCCCCUCCGUUUUCGUCCUCCUUCGGUCAACAUUUUGGGGGGUUGGGUCGAACCGGAGUCAACGUCGCUGAAUCUACCUCCAAUUCAAGCACCUCUCAAGUGAGGACGCCGGUGCAAGGAACGGGGAUGUUAGGGUCUCAAAUGCGGCCAAGUGGAAUCGGUGCACAUCAACAGAGACCCGUGCAAUCGUCGCUUAGACCUCCACCACCCUCUGCACCGAAUAAUCAACCGGCUGGUUCACAAAGUUUUCAAGGGCAUGGACUUAUGAGAUCCUCAUCAGUGGGAUCACCUGCUACUCCGUCUCCGAGUUCAUCACUAAGCAUGCAGUCACUUAAUCAGCCAUGGUUGUCAUCUGGGCCACAAGGGAAGCCUCCUUUGCCAUCCGCAGCUUAUAGGCAGCAAUUGAACCCACAAUCCAUGCAGCAAAGGCCACAUAUUCCUCUGCAGCAGCAAUCCACACCAACACCUUUGCUGGCUAAUCAAUCGCAGGAGCAUUUUGGGCAACAAGUUCUGCCACCCAGGGCUCCUCUACAUGUACCUCAUCAGCCACAGAUUAUGAGGGUACACGGGCCAGGAAAUCAGAAACCUUCAUCUCUUGUGGCAGCACAAUCUAGUGCAGCUCAACCAGGGACUCGAAGUAGAUUAACAAACACAGAUACUGAUGAAUCUUCUAAUAGUAUUCUCAGCAAAAGAAGUAUCCAUGAGCUAGUCAAUCAGGUAGAUCCAUUGGAGAAGUUGGAGCCUGAAGUUGCAGACAUUCUUGUAGAUAUUGCAGAAAAUUUUCUAGAGUCUAUAACUAGGUCUGGCUGUUCAUUAGCCAAGCAUCGGAAAUCAACAACUUUAGAAGCAAAGGACAUACUGCUCCAUCUUGAGAAAAAUUGGAAUAUGACACUUCUUGGGUUUGGCGGUGAUGAUAUUAAAAGCUACAGAAGACCGACUACAAGUGAUAUUCACAAAGAGCGUCUAACAGUUAUAAAAAAAUCAAUGGCUGCAACUGAGGCAGCACAUGGGAAGGGCUCUGCUGGCCAGGCAUCUGGUAGUGCAAAGGGUAAUCAAGGGAAGACACCUUUGAAUAUCAUUGGCUUGCCAAACCUAAAAAAUUUAUAGGAUGCAUGCCGUGUUUAUGCUUUACACAACAAUGGAGGAACCACUUUGGUGGAGGGUGAUCAUCGGUCUUUUCAGGCUGUUUUCUGAGCAUUCCAUGUACCAGAACCUGAGCAGGAGUCUGAAUUUAGAAGCGUUACCGAAAACAAGAUGAGGGGAAUCAAGAUUGAUAUGGAAUCGUCUUGCAACUGAAAACCGUAAAGAAAGGAAGAAAAAUGAUUUGGCUUCAGCUACAUCAAAUGUUUUUGUGUUGAUAAUAGUAAGAAAGUCAUUGGUUGGGUAGGCUGGGCCAUUUAUUGUUAUAAUCGACUUUCUAAUUUAGAUGCAAAUAGUAUCCUGAAAUAUAUAUGCAAUUAUUUUUCCCGAAAUACUAUACAAUUUUUUUUGUGCCCCUUA